GCUCGUUUUUGCUAAAUCGCUUGGAAUAUUCUGUCAGUUCUUGGGAAUCAAAAUUGAAGAAAGGAAUCUUAGUGUUUUGUAAAUGUAUAAAUAAAAUAUAUUGAGAUGGUUUCUAUGCAAUUUGUAUUGCAACCUUUACCGGGCUCUGACGAGCAGUUCAUAGAAAGAAUAAGAGAAGUCUCGGAAAAAGUUAACCGAUUUGGUUAUGGAACUCAUCGUAUAUUCGAGCAACUUAAAAUCCCUGUGAGAGAAGUGGUCAUUGGGCCUAACCAUAUUGGUGUACUUCUUGAAGAUGGCAAGGCAUUCCGGGUGUCGUUUUCCAUUAAUACGGAGAAACUUGAUUUGACUAAAUCGGACAAUAAGUGUGCAACAACGGGUGGAGCUGGAACUAGCCAAGCACCAAAGGCCCCUUCGUCAUCCACCCGACCAAUGGCUCGGUCUAGAGCACGCCUUUUGCGUGCAACCGGAAGAUCCAGCUCAAGUGGCCAGGGUUCUGGAUCACGAAGCACCGGUGUCAUAAUUGGCGGCAGCACCUCAAGUAGACCGUUGGUUACAGUACCAGCAACAUAUGUGCCGGAGGAGCUUAUAUCCCAAGCAGAAGUAGUUCUGCAAGGCAAGAGUAGAAAUCUUAUCAUUAGGGAACUACAACGCACCAAUUUAGAUGUAAACUUAGCUGUCAACAAUCUGCUUUCUCGCGAUGAUGAAGAAGCUGAGGACACCGAAGAGGGUGGUGACAAUUAUGUGCCUGAGGAUCUAAUUUCGUUAUUGGAUAAUGGUUUUACUGGUGAUAAUAACAGCGUUAUUAUCGAUCCAUCAGACGGCCUUUUUUCAGAAGAAAUAUUCAGCAAUUAUUCAAGUAUUCGAAAUUUGCUGUUUGACCGCAUACGAAGUGAACGAAGUAAUGCUAAUUCUAACAGCGCAGAUAAUAACCAAUCGAAUCGCAAUUCGACAUCAUCAACAGGGGUUCUUGCUGGUAGCAGUACUUUGUCAGCACAAAUAUCAUCUGUCAAUGCUGACCGAGAGGCAUUUAGUCGGUGGCGGGAUCGCCAGUAUUAUGGACCACGUCGCUGGAUAAGUAAAGACGAUUAUACCUGGGAGAAAGAUGCUGACGCGAAAAAGAAAGAACCAUCCUCGAUGUUAUCUCCCAUUUGGAUAUCAGAGGAACUGCAGCCGUGGCCUGAUAAGGGCUCCAUUAGAUUUAAAACAAUUGGAGCUCUGUAUUCUGAAUUUAUCGCACUCUCUGAAAACGGAGAAUUGCAUCAAUGGCGUUGGUCAGAACCCGAACCAUAUAAAUCAGAAGUUGACAAUGUUUAUCAUCCAAAAACCGUGGCGUUAAACAUAAAUGAAGGCGUUCAGCUGAUAUCCGCCAAUUUUAUUCGAUGUUCCGUUGUGACUGAAACGAAUCGUGUUGCUACUUGGAUGGACGAACAACUAGGAUAUCUGGGAGCUAAAUUGGAACAUUCCGUUUGUGCUUUCAAUGAAUUCAUUAUGGACCCCAUUUCAACAAUUCAUGUUUGCUCGUUGUACACUGCGGUGAGGACGGAGAACAAUAACAUAUAUUGGUGGGGCGUUUUGCCAUUUGAUCAACGUCGAUUUUUGUGGGAUAAGUUCCGGACAAAGACGAAAAAGCCAUUCAAAGUAGUCGCUGCCGAUAUAAAUGUGGGAACACAAGUGAUAAUGAAAAAGUGUCCCAUUUAUCAAACCGGAUCGAUUGGUUUCACAUGCAACAAUGGUGUUCCCAAGGUUGGUCAACUGUUGAACUCUGUGUGGGAUUUCACAGACAUGUGUCGAAUGAAAAUUCUAAAUAUUGGCACAAGUUCGGUGGUAGACAAAGGACAAGCGCCUGGCAGUAUAGCGAAUAACCAUGGCACCCUGGCCGAUAAAGACAAUGCUAAGGCCACAGUUGUGCAGAGCACCAGUACCGGUAAGAGUGCACAAUUGAGCUCAACCAAUAGCAAGGAAUCCACUGAUCGUAUUGACAUGCCGCCACCUCCGUCGCCCGCAUCAAGUACAUGCAGUGAUACCGGCAGUGUUACAUCCCAUAAGCGCACCAAACGAAUGACAACUAAAGAAGAGAACAAUAGUACCCAAGAGGGCAGGAAGGACGAAGAUCUGUGGCAACUAAAAGACGUUGUCUUUGUCGAAGACAAAGUUGGACCGAUAGGCAAAGUUCUCAAGGUUGAUGGUGACUUUGUGGCCGUGCGGUUUCCAGCAUUAACUGGAACUUGUAACCCCAAUCCUGGGCCGAAAGAGGAGGGUAAAGAAGAUGACUGGCAACAGUGCCGUUUGCUCCGACGCGAAGAUGUGCAAAUCUUUAGAACAGCUACUUCGACACGAGGACCAGAUUGGCUGCAAAAACAGCCCAAGAAAAUUAAUAUUGGCUCUGAUGCAACUGGCGCCCAGCUGCUAACUGUAGCUGUAGACAUGCGUGGCAUUCACGUUAUAAAGAAAGUACUGGGUAAAGUUCAUUAUAGCCUGUACAACCUGUAUAAUAGCAAGCAAGAGCAAAACUGCCAAUUUCCCACGGACUGUGCCUCAUUUAUAGGCGCAUCGCCUUCCAACAUUUUAAUGACAUGCAACAACGACUGCAGUGGAAACACUAGCACAAUUGUGCUAAGAGAUGGCAACGGAGCUCUUUAUCCAAUGGCCAAAGACUGCAUUGGAUCUAUCAAAGAUCCUCAAUGGUUUGAUUUACCUCCAGUUAAAUCGGUGACCAUGGCCACUAUUUCAUUGCCCCCGUCAGUUUCCUGUGUCAAUCUCAAGUCAAAAGUCUGCAUGACAGCCCUGCUUUUUGAUACACAAAAACUUAUGCCCCACAUUUUGCGUUGUGAUGUGAAGAAUAGCUUUGCUGCUCUCACACGACUCGAGAAGGAAGAUCGCAAUGACACGGUGUCGGUUGUCGAGGAACGUUGUGAUGGAGGUCGCAACAUAUUCCAUGCCUGUGUCAUUAUGUGUGCGCCUACAUCGAACAAGGAAUUGAAUCAAACUGAAGCCUCUACUGGUGCUAGCGCUACUGCUGAGAAGAAAACCCUCCCAGUUGGCAUUUCGGCAACACGUUCUGGCGGGGCCACUUCAACGACAGCAUCAUCCUAUGCCGGCGGCAGCGCUUUCGGAGGCGGCGCAGGUGGGAGCAAUGAUAGUUCCAGCUUUGCUGCAGUUUCUGCUGGUAUAAGUUCUUCGGCUGUUGCAUCAGCAGCCGUCCCACCAUCUGUCUCAUUGAACAGAGAUAAUCGCAUGAGUCUGCGCGAUAUGAUGCAUCGCCUAAUAAAUUCGGAGCAACCGGAGCAAAGUGGUGGCAGUAAUCAACCACCGGCAGCAGCAGCAGCGGCAGCAGCUAACGACGAUCAUGCAUAUAUUCCAUGGCCUGUGGAUGCGCCUUCAGCCAGCAAUCUAAGCACUACCGAACAGAAUGUCCGACAAAACGUAUCGGAUACCAUUGAGGAUGAUAUUAACAAGAUAAUUCCGUCAACAUCUCAAGGGACCAUGUUAUCCAAUAUUAAAUUGGGAACUCCAAACUACACAUUUGACCUAUUACAACGACGCGAGCAUGCGAUUCUUAUACUACAGCAAAUGUGCGCUAGCCCAGCUCUUAGGCCUUACCUCUCGCAAAUGCUUAGCGCCAAGGAUGCGCAGGGACAAACGGCAUUCAUGUUGGCGGUUUCAUGCCGCGCAUAUGAGGCCGGAAUCAUACUAUUAAAUACAAUUCUUAUGCUGGCCGAACAAGACUCGCAACUUAAAGACGCUAUGAUAUUCCCUAGUGGAUCGCCAGCUGAUCAGUCUCCACUCCAUGUGAUAUGCUACAAUGACACAUGCUCAUUCACGUGGACCGGUGCCGAUCAUAUAAAUCAAAAUAUUUUUGAAUGUAAAACAUGUGGCCUAACUGGAUCCCUCUGCUGUUGCACGGAAUGCGCUCGCGUGUGCCACAAGGGACACGACUGUAAGCUGAAACGCACAGCGCCCACAGCCUAUUGUGAUUGCUGGGAGAAAUGUAAAUGUAAGGCCCUAAUCGCUGGAAACCUCACCAAGCGCUUUGCUCUACUUUGCAAACUUGUAUCCAGUACCGAUUUGGUGACAAAAUUCAAUUCGAAGGGCGAAUCCAUAUUGCUAUUCCUUAUCCAAACCGUGGGUAGGCAAAUAGUCGAACAGCGUCAAUAUCGUUUCAGUGUUCGAGUUCGAAACGUGAGCAAUGCAGCGACUAGCACAAAUGGCACCAAUGCGACAAUAUCGAAUCGGAAAUCAUCCUCCAUUGACAUGGACAACGACAUGCCGGACCAUGAUCUCGAGCCACCAAAGUUUGCAAGAAAAGCUCUCGAGCGUCUCUUAAUCGACUGGAGUGCCGUACGAUCUAUGAUAAUGAGCGGAGCGGAGAAAACGGAUCCAGCAACAAAUGUACAAAAUCCACCACCUGCUGGUAAUGUUUCUGAUAGCUCCAGUCCAGACAACUUUAAUACCUUCAUUCAAACCCAACAUGGUUCUACACUGCUCGAUAAAUUCACCCAUAAUCUGAUUGUUAAGUGUACGGGUGACCAUUUGGAUACAUUGCUUCUGACAUUGGUGAGAGAACUGCAGAACGGCGGUGUUGCCAAUCGUUGCAAGGAAGCCGAGGAAGUGGCACGACGUUUUGUUCGUUCCGUAGCUCGAGUGUUUGUCAUAUUUAAUUUGGAGAAACAGCCCAAUCCGGAGAAACGCAAAACACAUACAUCAUGCAACAAAUAUGUGCAGAGUUGUGUAAAAGUAUUCCAAACUCUCCAUAAAAUUUCCAUCGAGGAGUUGUGUGAGGUAUCGGAAGCACUGAUUGCCCCAGUACGACUGGGUGUGGUGCGGCCAACGGCGCCAUUUGCCAUGUCAUCAUCCAAUUUAGAUAACUCUGAUGAAUUAUUCAGUGUCGAGCCAUUGGCGCCUUCCAAUGUGGAGCCCUCAUCUGACCAAAUAGUGGGCCACGAGGCUAGCAAUGAUCAAAGCUCUAGCUUUAAUAUCCAGCAAAACUACGAAGUUGUUGCCAUGGAUGGCUUGAGAGAUGCAUCAGAAUCCGAGGAAGUCACAAAUAGGGAAAGUAAUUCUCAUGGUCAAGAUGAUGAUAUGAUUGAGAACCAACGCAACGAGGAUGGCCUUCAGGAUGAUGAAAGCGAUAAUGAUUUUACUUUUAAUGAUGCCGAAACUGAAUCAGAUUCAGAUGACAACCAAAGUAACCAGGAUGCACAGCGCAGCGUUCAGACAGGAGCAACUGUGGGCUCAGAAACAGACAUAGGCGUUUUGUUUUUGGAAGACGAAUCAGGAGAUUCAUCGGCGCAAGAGGAAGACGGCUCCGAAGAUGGUGAAUCUGAUGAUCAUUCGGAUGAGAUAAGUUUUAUUGAUCAACAACUGGAAAGGCGUAGUUCCAAUGCCAACACACGUAGUGAUCUAGCCCCACAAACAAUGCAAUGGGCCAUCAGAAGCCGUGACACUGCUCGCUCCUCGGUUCGCGUGCCAACAGGUUCCAAUUUGGUUUUCAUCGAUCCAAUGGCGUUGCGUCGCUCGACCGUGCCAGCCACAACGGCGGUGACAACACCAUCUGCCGAACCACAGACUAUGGCCACCACUGCAAGCAAUUUGGCAAGGGCAUUUGGUAUUACUAUUCGUCAAAUAUCAGAGCUGUUAAGCAUUCUGUCCUACAAUAUAGCUAAUGACAUUGAAACUUCAUUAAAAAUCCAAAAUGACGAGGCAAUUGCAGUUCAAAUAUUUGUCGAAAGACGUUUGCGAGCCACUUGGGACUGGAUGUUUACUGUAAUGGAUGGCACCGAGGCACAGUUAAAGUUUGGUGCCUAUUUGACAAACUAUACGGAUCCCACCCAUCCCUUGCAUCCGCUAAAUCUUAGUGCUCAAGCUUCUACUAGCCAAACACCUGCGACAUCUUCGGCGUCUGUGGGCGUUAAUGUAAUGGGCUCAAAUUCUCGUCGUGAUUUUUUCACAUAUUGCCUGUCUCUUAUGCGAUCGCACACAUCGGAACAUAGGGAUGCACUUCCAGUACUGGACAUAACAGCACUUCGCCAUAUUGCUUAUGUUCUGGAUGCAUUUGUCUACUAUAUGCGAAAUGAUACAGGAUUCUAUGACAAGACCGAAACUAUAUCGGGUCGCGUAAACAAUUUAUCGCCAAUGGCCGAGAAUGAGGAUACCGACGAUGAGCUCUCCAAUAUAGAAGAGUCCUCGACAGCCGAUGGGCAACUGUCUGCAAGUGCGCUGACGUCCAACAACUCUAGUUCGCGCAGACAUGCGUUCUUUACCAGAUCUGAGUCAACACUAAGCUUGGGUUGCUCUGCUCCGGAUGGAUUUGAUAUGCCGCUUGACAUGGCAAUGCCACUUGCCGAUAAACCACAUUUGCUGCAGCCCACUUCAAAGCGUCAGGAGCUGUUUGCUAAUCUACCCUUACUUACUAGCAUAACUGGUGAUAGCAACAGUGCCAACAGCAACAAUCAGUCAACUCACAAUUCAAUUAACCAUCCUCCAACACGGUUAGGAUUCUCCAAUUUCUUAAGAGCUGAUGCGAUAGACAGUGAGCCCAGCACAAGUCAACAGGCAACGGAACGAAUCGCAGCGGAAUCAUUAAAAGCAGAGUCUUCCAAUAAAUCUGCCGAUGCAAACACUUCAUAUAAAACAGAUAGAGAUAGCUCUGUGGAUUCCAAUAUUUAUGUACAACUAAAGAAGAAACAGUGCUUGGAUGAUUCAAAAUCGCAUAAAGGCAAUCUCAGCACCAAAUUCGAGAAACUUGAACCCAUGGAUACGGACGAUACAGAUCAAUCGUCUGGUGUAGCGGGCACUAGUAGAGCAGCGGAUGUGAUAAUGGCAACACGACCAGAAGUGAUUAUUGCACCCAACAAAGUUUUAUCUCGUAUCGGAAUGGGUGAAGCAGAUUCCGCAUUUGCAUUAACCUCUCCGUCGCCAGUUCGUAGCGUUAUAGUGAGGGCUGGAGCAUCGGGUUUGAAAUCGGAAGAUUCCGAAAGUAAAUCCACUUCGAAUUCAGCCAUGAUUACAGACGAAGUCCGUUGUGAGAACAGUCGGCCAAAGACUUCCACCUCGCAACCAGUUUUGUUUCCCUUGCGAGGUUCCUUGUUCUUUACGAGCAAUUUCAAUGAAUUACCGUCAUGGAAUUUCUUGUUAAGCCGUUGGAAAUUGGCUCUAGAUCUCUUUGGACGUGUCUUCAUGGACGAUGUUGGAAUGGAACACGGUUCUGUACUACCAGAGCUGCGAGGUUUUCCUGUUAAGGAAAUUCGUUUUCGAAGACACAUGGAAAAAUUGCGCAAUGGACAGCAACGUGAUCUUGUAUUGUGUAAACUUGAGCGCAAUCGUGAGAGUUUGAUUAUUCAAACAUUUAAAGAACUGAAUACACAAUUUGGUAACCAAAGUCGUCGUGCCCAACCUCCCAUUACGUUCAAUAGAGUUAAAGUAACGUUCAAAGAUGAGCCCGGAGAGGGCUCUGGUGUGGCUCGCAGCUUUUACACUUCCAUUGCAGAGGCCUUGUUGGCCAGCGCAAAAAUGCCAAAUCUAGAAUCUGUUCAAGUGGGAACCAAUCAUAGUAAAUACGGUGUGCCAUUCUCAAGCAUAUUGCGUAGCAGAACCGUAUCUGGGUCUAGUCGAGACCCUCCCACUAUGCAAAGACGCGGUACCGGAAGCAAAAUCCUAUGGCGUACGGCUCGUGAACGAAAAGCCCUCAAUUUCGAUGCCAGACCGUACAUCCCUUCAGCCUCUACAGAUAACACCGGAGCGGCGGAGGGUGCAAAUGACCAUUUGUCCGUGCAUUUGCAACAACUCGGAGAGCGUCUUUAUCCGAAGAUCCACUCAAUAAACCAAACACAUGCGCCUAAAAUAACUGGAAUGCUUCUGGAGAUACCAACACCUCAACUAUUAUCUGUGUUGUCAUCAGAUGAAACGUUGCGUCAAAAAGUAAAUGAAGCUAUUGAAAUAAUCAAUUUUAAGCAAAAGUCGGAACCGUCGCAAAGCCAGCCGAAAAAAUCCGUCGUCUUGGUGGAGCCAGUCGAAGAUGACAAUGAACCGCUGUUCUACUCGCCUGGUAAACGCGGCUUUUAUACACCACGUCAGGGUUUCGCUUCGUUUGAACGAAUUAACGCAUUUAGGAAUAUUGGAAGACUCAUUGGGCUCUGCCUUCUUCAAAACGAACUACUGCCACUUUUCCUACAGAGGCAUGUUCUUAAAUAUAUACUUGGUCGUAAAAUAAAGUUCCACGACUUGGCCUUCUUUGAUCCAGUUCUCUACGAAUCAUUUAGACAAAUAAUACAAAACGCCCAAACGAAAGAAGGUGAAGAAAAUAUAAAUCGAAUGGAUAUGUGUUUUGUUAUUGAUCUAAUGAAGGAAGAAGGUUGUGGUAAUCGAGAGUUAAUCCCUGGAGGACGAGAUGUAGGCGUUACAUCAAGUAAUAUAUUUGAGUAUAUAAGACGUUACACAGAGUAUAGGCUGAUCAAAUCACAAGAAAAGGCCCUUGAGGCAUUGAAAGAUGGAGUUUUCGAUGUUCUCCCAGAUAAUUGUAUGAACAGUUUAACAGCUGAGGACCUGCGACUUUUAUUAAAUGGCGUUGGCGAUAUUAAUGUUUCAACAUUAAUUUCGUAUACGACAUUUAAUGAUGAAUCUAGUGAGGGUCCAGAUAAACUCUUAAAGUUUAAGAGAUGGUUUUGGAGUAUAAUUGAAAAAAUGAACACAUUGGAGCGCCAAGACUUGGUAUAUUUCUGGACUGGUUCACCUGCUUUGCCAGCAUCUGAGGAGGGAUUCCAACCAUUACCAUCUGUAACUAUACGCCCCGCGGAUGACUCCCAUCUUCCAACUGCAAAUACUUGUAUAUCUCGGUUGUACAUACCCUUAUACUCCAGCAAAUCCAUUUUACGUAGUAAAAUGCUAAUGGCCAUUAAAUCCAAAAACUUUGGAUUUGUUUAAGAAGGAAGAUGAUUAAACAGUUAAAAGGAGCACCAUCACUUGGUCUUAUAUUCUUGAACGUUAAUUUUUUUUUUGUAGCCUGAUUAAAUUAAUUAAUUUUGGCCACCCCCUCUCUCGUUAUUAAGUCUAUCCCAGCCACAUCCAUUCCCAAUUUUGGAAUUUAACUUUUAUUUUGAUUGCGAUAUAUAUAUAUAUUUUUAAUUUACAA